UCGGAAGGCCUCGAGUCUUGACUCCUCUCGACGUCUGAGAAAUAGCGGGGAAGCAAAAGGAAAUGAGCGGCGGCGGCGGCGGCGGCGGCGGCGGCCCGGGGUUCAGGUCCCGAGUGGAGCACUACCUCUAUAGCGGCGAUAAGAAGCACGUUCUCGCCGGCAUCGCCGUCAUCUCCGUCGUCUUCGGUAUCCCAUGGUUCUUCAUGAAUCGAGGAACAAAGCAUCAGUCCCACCAAGAUUACGUGGAAAAAGCUAGCCAAGCUCGGAGUGAACGGCUUUCUUCUGGUCAAUCAUCUCUUAAAUAAUGCAAUGAGUGGCAUAGAUAAUUGUCAUCUUUGAUGUGCAUCUUUUUAUACACUGUGACCAUGUCUCUUGGAAAAACGGGACCUUGGUGUUUCUCUAUCUCAAGAGACAAUCCGUGUUCUGAUUUGGCUGAAGCAAAUAUUUAUUUUUAUUUGAUGUCAAGUUACGGCUUUUUAUGACUACUAAAUGAAUAAGAGAGAUGGAGUUGGUGUUUAUAGGUUUAGAAUGUAACCUCAAAAAUGCUACUUUCAUGACAAUCUGAUAUCUGAACGUAUAUGAUUGCAUUUGGUUCAGACAUUAUUUUUC